CUGUGGCGGCUGUGUACUUUUUGAGUCGAAUAUCAUAAAAAUAUUAUUAUGAGGUUUUGUGAAAUCCAUUCUAUAAAUUAAACUCAACAAUAGAAAUCUUGUUCGCAACAAUUUGGCAGGAGUUCUCCUAAAUUUUCCAAUAAUUCUAAACAUAACCUAAUAACCCGCGUGUACAGCGAUAUAGGUAACCACGGUGUGAAUGCCUUCGGAGUCGGUGCAAUACGAUACCUCAUAGCGAUUGAUUUAUUUCGGGCAUUAUUUUGAUUAUUGUUAAAUUUAAAUAGCUAUGUGUUCCAUCUAUGCCGAUUUAUUAGAUUCGAUCGUAAACAUCAGAUUAUUAUUUUAUCUUUGAUAGUUCUUAUUUGUAACAUGCUCUAUCGCGUGACGUUACAAUGUUAGCAUUUUUGCAUACCGUUAUCUGCGAACGCGUCACAUGUUAUAGCUCUUUCGGAAGAUCAGCCAAAAAAAAAUAGUCUUUUUUCACAGAACUUACGAAAACUAGUCGCGUAUCAUAGUUAUUCUUAUUUUAUUUGUAUGAACCUUGAUUGUAUAUGCUGUGUCUACAUUUAUUAUAAUUUUGCCACAUAGUCUGGAAGAACCUCAUAACAAACCUGGGCAGGUCAUGGAAACUGGAUUCUUGAAUUUUCGCGAUGAGGAACACUUCUCAGGUUUCUCUUCGCCAUUGGGUCAACAUGAUAUAUUGGAAGAAUCACAUAGUUCGCUCAUGGAGUUGAUGGAAGAUGACUUCCAUUAUAAUUUGGACUCCAGAAUAGAUUCCUCAGCUAUUCUAUGGGGUACAGAACAAGAGUUAAACGGCGAUAUGGCCGUACUGCCGGAUUCCGGUGUUGCUACAGUUUACCCCAAAAUGGAACACAUCAAGGAGGACUUUGCCAAAAUGCUCACAGAUUGGCAGGAGCAUAUAGGCUCUCUACAGGCUUCUGAUCCAGAAGAAGAUAUUGACGUCAAAGACAUGGUGGGACUUGAUAUAGGUAUGCCUGAAAAAGUAUCCACUGAUAUUCCAGAUAACAUUUUCGAAGAUGAACCCGCCUUUUGUUCAUACCCUACUCCCAAGAAACAAAAGUCCGGCAGUCCUUAUAAAGCGAAAUUUGAAAAGUCAGAUUUUUCCGAGUCACAGCGAAUAGUCAUCUUUGAUUCCCCAGCAAAGUUGAAACCUCAAAGCUCGAUAUGUUCGGGCUUGAAGCAGCCUAAAACGGAGAUGAAUGACACAGUGGGAGGAAAGGAUCGCACAGUCAAGCUCAAAGCGCCCACUGACAUGAAAAAAAUCAAACUGGAGAAAACAGAAUUCACACAUUCGAGAGAGACUGAGAUGGAAGACUGUAUAGAUGUGGAAACUGUUUCCGAACAAGUACCAGUACUAGAGGCUAGAGAUGUGAAAAGUCUCUUGGAACAGUUCGAAGCUUCGGAAGCUGUGACUCCUCGCACUUCGAUCACUAGCUAUUCACAGGGAAUCACAUCGAGUGAAGUUCCCUCUGCUCAUCACAGUAAAUCGGUUAGCGGCGCUAGUAAAUCUCUUUUAACUCCAAAUAAAAAGCCAGCUGAAGCUGUCGACUCCACCCUACACCAAAAUAUUAUGGAUUCGCUACCUAAAGAAGUUAUCGAUAGGAUAAAGGCAUCUGGACGCAAACGGGUCAUACCGUUGAUUCCAGCUAUACCGACCAGAAAAUCUGGAACUCGAAGUAGCGGAACCCGUAUGCAAGACGCUGCAGCUACUCUCUCUCGUAAUAAACUAUUGAAAAUCGUAACUUGUAAUUCCAACGGAAACGGAAGAGCCGAUGGGUCGGUUCAGUUGGAUCACGAUUACUGUAGCAGUGCGAGUCCGAUAACGAGCUGUUCAGAGAGCAACGCAGAAUUCGACAGACAAUGCAGUGACAGUGAAAAAUUUUUAUCGAAAAAAGACGAUAGUUCUAAACAGUCAAUUUCCCAGACUGUACGUGCCGCUAAGUUUGAAACCGGCAGUCGUAUAACGGGUAGGAAAACCUUGCCUAAAUCCAGUGACAGCUGGGCUGAUCAUAAUUCUAAAAAAGACAGUGGCUUGGAAUCCGGUGACGUUAGCGAUGCGAGCGAAGAAUUACCAUCGGCAGUGAAAUCCUCCGGUACUAAAAUCAGCGAAAUCGCGAUAGAACGUUCGAAAGAACCACAUCAAGAUAGUCUCCUCAAACAAACAAAUAUCACUACGACAUCUACGACUAGUAUUUCCACUAUCGUAAAUAACUUGUGCACCAGCAAGACCGUGACUAAGCCUUCCCCCGUGCACGAAAUGAAAAUACGUUCUGCUCUUGCCACAAGUAUUUUGCAACUGCGGAAGGGUGUCCUCACCAAGACAAAGCCUGUGUUAGACAUUGCGAAUGGCAGGAGAGCUGGCGCCUAUAUCGUAGGUAUGGAAACUGGUAAUCCCAAAGUACAGCAAAUGGUCUCCGUAUUGAAAAAACCACCAACUGGUCCGCCAACGACUUUGGCCAUAACUAGUAACCCCAACGAAAGUAUAGUUACCACUACCAACAGUUCUAACGGUGAAGUGCAGAACAUAAUCGUUCAAGACUUUGAGCAAGCGAAUGAGGACGUUCAGAAACCAGUUAGGAAGAAGCUGAAUCUUGCCGAGUACCGUAGUAGACGAGAUAAGAAUCGCAGCGAUAACAGCAGGACUAACUCACCCAUUCAACCUAUGACUUUGAUUUAUAUUCAUCACGUCUCUACAACGACCGAGCCGAUUAAAGAUGACCCGGAGAAUCCGGUCUGGUCCGAAAGGGAAAUUGUCUCCGUAUUGAAACCCAAAGCUGACGUAGAGGAGGAAAAAAAUAGACCUAAGGUGAUCACGCAUGAUGUAGGAAUACAGACAAAUGAAACAGUCUUCAAUAGCCCUGCCAAAAACAAUACGCUUAAUAACGAGAAGAGAACUGAUCAAAUAAGAGAUAGAAAAAAUCGACGAUACAGACGGCGAAGAGAUAGUUCUAGUUUGAGCCGCUCUAGGUCACGUAGUAGCAGUAAAAGCAGAAGUACAAGUACAUCGCAUAGACGCAGCACGACACGAAGAAGAAGAAUCAGCCACCGCCGCAGCUCCGUUAGCUCCAGCAGCAGUUGGUCCUCGCGUUCUCGUUCCAGAUCUCGUUCAACCUCGCGAUCUCUAUCUAGGUCUAGGUCACGCUCCAGAUCUUCCAGAUCGUCGAGAUCGAGGUCCAGGUCAAGGUCAAGAUCGAGUUCAACUUCGAGAUCGAGGUCGAGGUCUUCUUCCAGAUACUCGAGUUGCUCAAGGUCUCCGACUCCCCCAAAUUCUGGGAAAGGUAAAACAUUAGGUCACCGUCGACGGCUGAGACGUGAUCACGCUCCAAGUUAUGAUAGGCCCAGGCGGCACUCCUCUGAUAGCAGUCACAGCUACCAGAGCUGGAGGAGGUCUUCUUCUAGUCUCGGAAGGAAGCCAUACGAUACGUGGACCGACCGAGAGAAACAAAGGCAGGUAGAGGAACGAAGAGUAAUUUAUGUUGGACGAUUAGAAGAAGGUGUUAUGAAGGCCGAUCUCCGUAGGAGAUUCGAAGCUUUUGGUCCGGUUGUAGACAUCAGUGUACACUUCCGUGAGCAUGGAGAUAAUUAUGGCUUUGUAACGUUUGCAUAUAAAAAUGAUGCAUAUGAAGCGGUAGAGCAUGGUAAUGACGAUCCGUCACAGCCUAGGUAUGACCUGUGUUUCGGUGGCCGAAGAGCAUUUUGUAAAGUGAAAUACGCCGAUCUUGAUGGGAUGGCGAGUAACUCAUUAGGAGGGGGUAGAGGAGGUUCUAAGUUGGAAUCGGACAAUUCUUUCGAUCUCUUGCUGAAGGAGGCACAAGCAAAACUACGUAAGAGAAAGGUUUGACACAUGUAUCGUAUAUUGAUAGUAAAUCUAACAUAGUAACGAUAUCUGUACCGUCACAAUCAUACGUUAUGAUUGUAAAAAGAGCUGGGAAGAUGAUGAUGGUGAUAUAAAUGUAAUAAUUCUGUAGUAUUUGAAAGGUGCGCGCAGAUAAUAUUGCUAAACUAAUCCCUCUAUUGAUAUUUUAAUCCUAAGCACGAACCUUUAUAUCUAUUGACCAUUGCUAAUCGGUAAAGCCACUGAACAGUAAAGGUUCACAUAAUGUAUAUUAGAUAGAAACUGUACGUUUACAAGUGAUUACUUAUUGAGUAAUGCGUAGUAAUUAUGGCUUCUUUCUGCCCUACAUCGUUCGUUCGUCGGAAGCCAAAGUUAUCGUUUAAUUAUGCGAUACUAUCAUCUCUUUCUCUUAAGUUUUUGUAAAAAAAUCAACCAAAACUCAACAAUUCGAUUCAUGAUUACGAAAGGAGUAUCUGACUGUCAAUUUUGGUAUGAUCGUAAACAUGGUACACCCGGAAAGAUUGCAUCAGUCAGAAUAAACCUUGUACGUACAAUGUUAAGUCCUCCGAGUACAAUCCAUAACGACUGAAAAUUGUAUUUUCCUUUAUGUUCAGAACGUCGUGUUCAAAUUGUCACUAUCGAACAAUGUUUGUGUGUAUGCGUAUCAUGCGUUGCUUGGACUUUUUUUUAAUUAUUUUCGAAUACUUCGCGGUACGCGAAAUCGUAGAGAAUGUUAGUCUUACCUAGGUUUCACAUUUUCAGUUACUUAAAAAUUGUUCAACGCAAAUAGCUCUGUUCAUGUACGAAAUCAAGAGUUGCUAAGAAGAUUCAGGUCAUCGUUUCAUACUCAAAUUUGUUUAAAUUUUUAUUUCAUUUUAUUUUAUUUUAUUCUACUUUUCCUUAAUUCAGACAUCAAAUUUUUAUCAUACCGCUUAAUUAUAAAUGAUCGUGGUAUAACUAGACACGUCUUUACUGCCUAUAUUCCGAUUGGAAAAUCUUCCUGCCUAGUAUGAUGUGACAGCAAUUGUGACAAGAUCUGCAGUAGCAAUAUCAUCAGAAAUUGCAGUCUUUGCGUUGAAACAUUCGGCGUAUGGAAUGGCGGAAUGCUAAUAUUAUAGUCGUAAACGAUGUGAACAAAGCAUGUUUUCAAAAUCGUACCUAUUCCGAUAGUAGACAAAGCAAUUUGCGAGUCGAUUCUACGUAAUUCUCUUUGUAUCAACGACUAGUAACAGAUAUUAGGAUCAAAACUGCUGUAAACAUUAAAAACGGUUUUAGAAGGAAUUGGGAGAAAAAAUAUAUUCAAAUUAAAAUAAGGCAAUUCCGUCACGGUUUGAUCGCAAUAUUAUCAUUGAUAAUAAUUUUGCUGGAAAAACUAUAGCGAUUUUCUGAAAUGAAAAAUUUUACCAGUAAUAAUAUUGCUAUCCUAUUAUUGUAUAAGUUGGUGCGCUAUUCGGCAAAUCGAGUUUCCUCAUAUUGUCAAGAUGAAUCAUACUAAAAGAAUAAAUAAAAACAUGAAGACCGGAUGUAAAUUGGUGGUGAAAUACCAAAUACCUUAGUUUUACUACCCUAUCUAUUCUCAAUGGUUCUGCUGCACUGCGCUAAUAAGGGUAAUGGUGGUCUCUAUUAUUUAGCGGAAGACUGCGAGUGCUGUGUUUUAACUUUUUAAUGAUGCUUUAAAUCAACGUCUUCUGAUCAAGUAUUUUUUUUUUUUUUAAUCAUAAUACCAUGCUUGACGCACAGGAACUCAAAGUUCAUUUGAAUCCAAAUAGGCAUCUUAUGAAUCUGAAACGAGUAUAUCAGCACACGCAGAUGAAAACCUAAUCAAUUCGGACAUAUAUCAGAUUCUGUUUAUUAGAGACCCCAUAUACUCGUUUGGCAGUGUGUUUUAAAAAUUAUUUGUACAGCCUGAUGAAUUUGAUCAAUUGAAUCAUUGGUCAGUCCGUCAGACCAUUUCCAAUUUCGACUUUGUAUUUUUACACACCAUCACUGCGAAUAAUACGUGUAUUAACCGAAAAAAGACAAAGUUUGUUUGGCAAUCA